AUGAAUUCUUUCAAAUCCUAUGGGAAAGUGGGUGAAGCCGAUCAAAUGUGGGUCGAUGCUCGCAGAAAAAAUAGAGAAAGAAUGGUUGUUGUGGCCAUAUCAUCUCUAGUUCUUGUUAUUGUGGUAGUUUUAUCCGUUGUUGGAACUACACAGAGCAAAGACCAUAGCCAAAAUGGUAGUGAGUCACAAUCUCCAUCAGCUAUGGUUUCUAUGAAAGUCGUUUGUGACACUACAUUGUAUCCAGAUAGCUGUUAUAACUCUCUUGCUCAUUUUGUUAAUUCCACCAAUAUCCACCCUGAUGAGUUACUCAAACUCUCUUUCUUAUUCGCCAUGGAAGAGCUUUCCAAAGCAUCCACACUUGUGGAGCUCAGAUGCUGCAGCGAACUAAUGGAUAUUGCCAUUGAUCAUCUAAACGGUAUCAACUGA